AUGACGGGGAGGACACAAACAACAAUAAUAUCGCUAGAAUUAAGUAUGGAAAGCGAUAUAGAAGAAACUACUCAUGAUUUUUUCCCAUUUUUUAGGGUCUGUAAAGAUGGCCACAUUGAUAGGUACAUCCUUACAACCCAAGUACCCGCUGGUGUGGACCCUUUUACCGGGGUUCAUACCAAAGACAUUGUAAUAUCAAAACACCCGAAAAUUUCGGGCCGGAUGUUCCUCCCUAGAUUGGAUGAUACGGAUAGUGAAGAUGAUAGUCCAAAGAAUAGGAGUCUUCCAAAGAAUAGGAUUUUACCAUUGCUUGUUCAUUACCAUGGUGGAGGCUUUUGUACCGGGUCAGCCUUUGGUCCAAUUAUUAAGCAAUUCUUGAGUAACAUAGUUUCUAUGACCCAAGUGGUGGCUAUUACUAUAGACUAUAGGUUGGCCCCCGAGAACCCGUUACCCAUUGCGUACGAAGAUAGUUGGGACGCAUUCAAAUGGAUUGCGUCCCAUGUAGAUAGGACCGGGCCUGAGCCUUGGUUAAAUGAUUAUGUGGAUUUUAAUCGGGUCAUUUUGACUGGUGAAAGUACUGGAGCUACUCUUGCCCAUGAUGUUGCAAUUAGAGGUAGUGUUGAACACUUAAAAGGGUUAAACCUUGUAAGUCUACUAGCCAUUCACCCGUAUUUUUGCACAAAAUACCAACGUGAACCUGUAGUUAAUUAUAUAUAUCCGUCAAGGGAUGAGGAACCAAGGUUGAACCCUAAUACAGAUCCAAGAUUAUACAAGUUAGCGUGUGAUAAGGUAUUAAUUUGUGUUGCGGAAAAGGAUAGGUACAAAGAAAGGGGAUUUGAUUACUAUGAUACCUUAGAAACAAGAUGGGAAGGGAAGGUUGAACUUGUGGAGACAUUGGGGGAAGGCCACUGCUUUCAUUUGCUUGAUGCUGGCUCCCCAAACAUCGACCCUUUAAUGGCUAAGCUUGUUUCUUUCAUAAAAGAGGAUUCUUAGAUGAUUUAUUACUUAUUUAAUUAUAUUUGUAAAUAUAUACGUUACCAUACGACUAUUCCUUUUGUUCUUUAAUUUUAUGCUCUUCCUAUAAUCUUGACUUUUUUCUCAGCAAAAAAUUUUCAAAGUGGAAGAACAAAAUAAGAUUGAGGGAUGGACACUAUAAUGUAUUUCAUCUAUACUUGUUUUGAAUAUCCAAAUAAAAUGUCUUAUUGUGGCUUGUGAUCGAUUCUAACGUUAUAUAUAUGAGAAUGAUCAACCUAUGAUUAUGAAUGUUUGAGUAUAUUAUUAUCACGGGAGUAUGUAGUUACUUUUGAUUUCUGAUCCAAGAUCUUUUUUUUUUUUUUUUUUUUCAAAUUUGCGUCUUCAUAUGGUGUUAAUGUACGUUGGAUACGAGACCAUAAGAGUAUCAUUUAUAUAUUAGAAACAAUUAUGCUAUAUGAACAUUUAAAUUUAAGAGUUUUCUAUCAUAAAACGUUUACUAAAAUAUAGUGAUUUCUACGAAUUAAAGACAUCAUUUCUCUUUGUAUAAAAACCCUGUGGACUUCGAUCUAAAUUUUGAAUAAUAUUUACUCCAUGUGUUUUAUAUGGACAUUUUACUAUAGAUUUCUAAACUUAUACGAGUAUCAUUUUAGAAAAUACAUUUAAUAAUAAUACGUAUUUGCGAUCUUUAAGAAUCAAGACUAUAUAUAACAUUACUCUUAAUUUAUUAGACUAACUAUGAAUUGGGUUUUAAUCGCCGUAUAGUAUUGUUUCUUCAGAACAAAUAAUUAACUAAUGUGUCUUUUUGUUGAGAUAGGAGGCUAGAGUAGUUGGCUAGUUCUCCGACUUUCAAGCGUGGGGCUGAGGGUCAAAUCUCACCAAGCACAUUCUAAGAGGGAUAUCCCU